AUGGGGAAUGAUGCGUGUUCUUGGGAUGACUUUAGUAUUUAUGCAGCUCCAGAUAAGUUGAGCUCUUCUGACAAAGAAUUGGAGAGCUGUAACGUCGGUAAUCAAGGGAAACCAAGUGGAUUUUAUGGAGUUGAAGAGUCGGGUGAAAUGGUAGCUGUUGAUUCCUUUCCUUGUUAUGGAUUCUAUGGAGAUGAAUCAAUGGUUGCCACAGGUUUCGGUUUAUCAAAACAAGAUCCGCAGCAGCAGCAACAGCAACAACAGAAUUUUAAGGAUUGCGGUCUUCUUGAUGGAGUGAGUUUCAAUGCUCAAUCUCCAUUGAUUCCGACAUGUUUCAAUGAAAUCGCGGAGCUUGGUCAGAUCAACUAUGGAAUCUGUGAGGAUAUUGAUGAGGCAAAGAAGGGGAAACAGCAGCCUCUGUGUUUGUCUUCGCUUGGACUGCUGAACAACUACGGCAACGGAUUCAAACGAUUUCACGGGGAAAGAAGAGCCCACGAUGAUAUAACCGUAUCCGACGCUCGGGAUGAUGGAGAUCGAAAAUUUUCGACAGAAGAAAUCAUGAGGAUUGCUGGAGAGAUGUUUGUAAAGUCAUGUGGCCAAACUGUUGGCGGAAUCUCCAUGAUUCAAUAUCCUUUUAAUGUUCCUUUUUCGGGAUUGUUGGAUCGGGAGACGAGAGAUGCCGAGCUUGCCGUGCUUCUUCUAGCUGCUGCUGAGAAAAUAGGGUACCAACAAUAUGAAAGUGCAAGCAGAUUGCUGAAACAAUGUGACUACAUGUCGUCAAAGACUGGAAAUCCGAUUCAGCGAGUGGUCUAUUAUUUCUCCGAAGCGCUUCGAGAGAAGAUCGAAAGAAGUUCGUCGAAGGGUUUAAAGUGGAAACCAUUGUUCAAUAUCGAUGAGGCGAUGAUGACCAUGAACCCCAUUGUAUUGGCGUGCCAUCAAGAAUUUCCUUUUGCUAAGGUUACACAAUUUGCAGGGAUCCAGGCCAUUGUAGAAAAUGUUGCCGAGGCGAAAAAGGUUCACAUAAUUGAUCUUGCAGUAAGACAUGGUGUUCAUUGGACUAUCUUAAUGCAAGCUCUUGCAUCUCGACAACACGAAUGCCGACUGGAGCUCCUGAAAAUAACCGCUGUUUCAACCGAAGCAAAGGCUUUAGUCGAGUGCACCGGCGAGAGGCUCUCGAGUUUUGCUCAGAGUUUGGGAGUACCCUUUGCUUUUAAGGCUGUUAUGGUCUCAGACAUGUUGGAUCUUAGAGAAGAUCACUUUGAAAUCGAUGCCGAAGAAUCCAUUGUUGCGUAUGCAGCGUUUGCUUUCCGAAGAAUGCUCGUGAAGCCGAACCGGAUCGAAAACAUAAUGAGGGUACUCAGAGUCAUGAAUCCUUGUCUAAUGGUGGUAACCGAAGUCGAAGGCAACCAUAACUCGCCCAUCUUCGUGAACCGUUUCGUCGAAGUACUGUUUUUCUUCAGCGCAUACUUCGAUUGCACCGCAACUUGCAUGAAGCAGGAUAGUAAAAACAGAGAGAUCCUUGAAUCAGUGUUUUUCGGUGAGGGAAUUCGGAACAUGAUAGCAACCGAAGGUGACGAGAGGAAGGUCCGGCACGUGAAGUUCGAUGUUUGGAGGGCGUUUUUCGUUCGGUACGGGAUGGAGGAAGCCGAAUUAAGCAUGUCAUCCAUGUACCAGGUAGACCUUAUUCUCAACACUUUCGUCGACGGGACUAGUUGUACACUUGAUAUGAACGGAAAAACACUACUCAUCGGUUGGAAGGGAUCGCCGAUGCAUUCAAUUUCGGUUUGGAAAUUUCUAUAA